AGCAAUACACACAGAUUGUGUUGUGUGGGCUCUCCCAUUGCAUAGGGUGAGUAAUUAAUCUGCUGUAGAUUUAUUAUUGAUCGUGUGGCCAUUUGCCAGAGGCUGUUCAGUGGGUAAAGUGCUGUCUGUCGGACAACACCGUCAAAGUACACGCGUGGUAGUAAGCAGGGAUCAGAUAUUGCUGUAUGGAUUUUAACCACUUGGAACUGUGACACUGUGGAAAGCCUCGAUAUUUUACACUGUAUCACAGCACAUCAGGAAUAACUGACAGAUUUGCCAACAAUUUCAAGCUCGCUUUUGGUUUCUCUUAUUGUCACUGCACAGAGGAAAACAGGGGUGACCAGGAGGACAGUUUGAGUGACCACUCAGGCGACAUGGAUGCAGAACUGGACAGUGACCAGGAGCAGGACCUGGACAAGAUGCUGGGGACCUGGCUGGGGGAGUUGGAGAUCAUGACCAAGAAUUUGGACAGCAAUGCCCCAGACACGCCGACGUCCCCGUGUGCCCCCAUCGCCCCGUCAACAAACGGCCUGGACAACUUCCAAUUCUCCCUGCUCAAUCUGGAAGCUGCCAAGAACUCAUAUGACACAAGCUUACAAGACUCACCAGAUGUGGACCUGGACGCCCUCCUGGGCGACCUGUGCCAGAUGGAGCAGAGCCUCAACGCCCAGAUGCAAGACUGCGACGCCAAAUCCAACUCCAACGCCAUCCCACAAUUCCCCAGCUACAACAUCACCGGCGACACCAACGCAGCCUCCGUCACCCAGGCCCCGCCCGUCAUCCAUACGGUCCCGGCCACGCCCCCUGUGGUCACGCCCGCUGGUGUUCCCAUGAAGACCGAUGUGGAUGAUGAUUCUCUGCCUUCUCCACCUCCUGUAGAGACUGACAACGUCGAUAGCCAAAUGCCCCUGCCUCCCCCACCCCCGGCCGGUAUCCCUGAUAACAAAAUAUCCUUACCUCCUCCCCCACCCCCACCCCCUGCGGAAUCGGCCCCAGACACUCGACCCACAGUCUUUGGCAUACCGCCCCCACCAUCGGUCAUCACAGCGCCCCCUUCAACACAGAAGAAGGUUCCGGCAUCCUUGACGAUAGAGACAGGAGGAGGUCUGACCCCAGGAAAGGUGGCGACUCCAAACUCACUGAGCCCUCGAACACCCAUGAGCCCUGGGCAGACACCUUAUUCGAUGAGUGUGAGGGUCAAGCUGCAGGACUUUGAGGCCCAGCUGGCCAGCGACACCACCCUGACCGGGGAGGAGAAAGCAGCCAAGCUCAAGGCAGAGAAGAUCAAGAUUGCCCUGGAGAAACUCAAGAAAGCCAGGGUGCAGAAAUUGAUCGUCAGGGUCUACAGUGAAGACGGAAGCUCCAAGACGCUGUUUGCGGACGAGACCAUGUCAUGUCGGCAGAUCGUCCACACGCUGGUCGAGAAGAACCACUUUGAGGAGAAGGCUGACUGGGCCCUGGUGGAGCAGAUACCAGAACUGUACAUGGAGCGAGUCCUCGAGGAUCAAGAGCAUCUUGUGACCGACGUCUUGCUGCAUUGGAAGCGAGACACCACCAGCAGGCUGCUGUUCACCGAACGGAGGGAGAAAUACGCCAUCUUCAGAAACCCACAGAAUUUUCUCCUCUCAUCCCACACCUCCCAAGUGGCCACGGAGUUUGCCGAGAAGUCCAAGCAGACCCUGAUCGACGAGUUCUUCUCGGAGGGAAGGCAGGGCGUCCCGGAGAUCGAAGGCCCGCUGUACCUGAAGGCGGAAGGCAAGAAGUCCUGGAAGAAAUUCUUCUUUGUCUUGAGAGCGUCAGGGUUGUACUACACUCCUAAAGGGAAAUCAAAGUCAUCUAAGGACCUGGUAUGCUUGGUGCAGUUUGAGCAUGUCAACGUCUACAACGGAGUAGGAUGGAAGAAAAAGUACAAGGCACCGUCUGACCAUUGCUUUGCACUCAAGCACCCCCAGAUUCAGCAGAAGUCCAAGUACAUCAAGUACCUGUCGGCCGAGGACUACCGCACCUGUCAGAGGUGGAUGGCUGGAAUCAGAAUAGCCAAGUACGGACGAGUGAUGCUGAACAACUACACGGAGACUCAGCGCGAGAUGGUGGACUACUCGUCCAGCGUGGAGAGCAUGUCGACAAGCAGCUUAGGGGAUAGCUCCUCCAUCUCCAGUAUGCACUCCAGCGCCAGUUCACACAGCACGCAGAGCUCACUGGGUGUAAGUCCAAGUGGAAGCACCCUGAGCGUCCCCCCAAUGCAGAUGAGCAACCAGCCGAGCCGUCAGAGCAGCAUGGGUAACAUGUUUGCCAGCGCCUGGAAGAAAGGCAAAGAGAAGGAGAGCAAAGUCGACUCACCAAACCUGGAUCGCUAUUGUGGGAGGUCACCAGUGCCAGGAGACAGGAUCCCAGAUGAGGGAACGUUUCAGUUCAAGGCACCACUGGUCUCCCAGCCCCAAUCAACUCACUCCAAUGACAACGACGACCAUGACGUAGAACAAACCCUGCUGGAGCUGGAAAUGAACCUGGCCCACGACAACGAGGCUUCCCAACAACAGCAGCAGCAGCAGCAGCAGGUACAUGCGCCCCAGAUGUUAUACAAACCCCCAGGCCCCACCAUCGCUGCCAAGCCAAACCUGAACAACUCCAACGCAGGGCAGGUCCACGUCCAGGUGACGGCCCGCAAUUCCGACGCGGUGACUGUCAAAGUCAGCCCCAACUCACCCUUAACCCCAUCACCAUCAUCUUCAUCAUCGUCGUCAUCGUCAACAUCAUCUCUGAAAAGCAUCUCGCGAUGCGAGCCCAGGAGCUGCCCUCCUCCUGUGGCUCCCAAACCUAAUUCUACUUCUUCUUUCGCUUCAUCCUCUUGCCUGUCAUCUUCUGCUUCCACUAACCAAACCUCGCUGGGCUCUGAGGGCAGCACUACCAAACAGACUUCCUCCAUCAUUAGCUCACGGCCGAGGGAAACUAACCUGGGGCGGAGCGAGAGCAAGAGGGUUCAAUUUAAGGAGGUGCUGGAGGAGAAAAUCCCAGUUCGAGGCCGCGCCGCUGAAAAGGAACCCAUUGCGUCGCCCCCAAAUUCGCCCCUGAAGCCCAUCCUCAAUACAUCGCCUCAAAGUCCUGCCCCACCACCUCAGCCCCUCCCUAAAACCUUUACCUCCCAACCUCAUCAAGUCUCAGUUUCCUCCUCGUUUCACACCACCAACACCUCCCACCCUCACCAACCCCCUCGCUCCUGCUCCUUCGCCCCCUCCAACUACUCACCUCCACUCCCCCAUUCAACAUUCUCACCACCUAACAUUUCUAACAUCAACACAUCUUAUCAGACGGCGAGCGGAGGGAUCACCGCAACCUCAAGACAACCCCGGGUGCUGCCAGCUACGCCCUCAGCCCAGAGUAACGGUUACGGUCACCCGCAGCAAGCAGCCCAGCCAGGACCACCAAGGCAAGCCAAUACCUCUUUCCUUGCAGAACUCAACAGCGCCCUCGUCAAGCCAAAACCCGGGGUACCCUCGGGGAAACCCCCCGUCUCCCCACGCCUCCCCCCAUCGCCCAGGCCAAAGCCGCUAAAGCAAGAAGCAGCCAUGCAGCAAAAUAUCCCCAGGCAGGGUGCCCCCUCCUCUCCCAGGGUAUCCCCCAAUUCACCAAAAGACAGCAUGACCACGUUCAGUGGGCCCCCUAGGAUGCAGCCCUAUUGUAAGCAGGGAUCCCCACUCCCAAACAGGGUGCAGUACCCACCUACCUCCCCAGGGACCCCACCCAAAUCCAACCACCACCACCACCACCACCACCCAGGGGAUGGCCCCCCUCCCCCCAGAGUCCGGAACUCCCCACCCUCCUCCCCUGCCUCCCAAGGGGCUAUUUUUGUGCUGCCCCCUUCCCCGACAGCCCAGCUCAAACGAGCGUCUGUGGCAGGGUCUCAAAUCAAACGAAGUGGGUCUAAUAAGGGUGCCAAACCACCCCCACCCCCAAGGAGGGACGGCACAACCCAUUUGACAAGUGGUGAGAGGCAACAACCACCUUCCCCUCCCCAAAGAACAACAUGAUGGCCAAAUUACAACCAAAUUGCCCCCCCCCCCCUUAGUUUUUAAGCUUUUCUUUGGAAAAGAAACUGAACUAUUUUUGCUUACCCGGAUAUUGCAGUUCUGUUCUUUACAUUGAGGAAAAAUUUUAAGUUCGCAACGUUUCACACAAAGUUUUAUAUUUAUUAUGUUGUCUUGUUUUCAACUUUCAGCAAUUAAACGAUUAUUUUAAAAAUCAAAAUCAGCAUGAUCACAGCUCUUUCGCCAAAAAAAGCUGCAAAAUCAUCAUUGAAAUAAUUACAAAAAGUUUGCAGGCAUGUAAAUAAAGUAUAUAUCUUAAAUGUAGAAUUUGUUUUUGGCCGUUGAUUUUUUUUUAUUCGGUGCAGAUUUGUACAUAAUCUAUUUUUGGAAGAAUCUGAAUGUGCAGAUAAUGUUGACGUUUUAAAGUGGAGAGAGUCUUUUUUGUAGCAGGGUUUGAUAUUUAAAGAGAGGCUUCUUUGCAAUGUUUUUCAAAGAUUUCUUUAUUUUAGUCCAAAAACGUAUCGCUUUGAAGGAGAAAAUGUUCUUUUCAACUUGCCACAGUCGAAAGGAAUUGAAAGAGCAACGUUUUGUGGAUUUGUAUAGUUUGCAAGUAUAUACAGUUUUUGAGCAGGGCAAUCUUGUGUGGUUGUUACAUAGCAGACUUGAGUACGACUAUUUUUGUAACAUAGAUGAUAUACGUUUAUUGUGUAGUACAAAAUAAAUCCACACAUUAGUAAAAUGAUCUAAAUUUCAAAGUCCAACUGAGGUAUUUGACCUGCUGAGAGUAGGUACAUCGAAUUCUGUUUCAACGGCGAGUAGUGUAGCCGGAUCGGUAAACACAUAUUUUGAAAAGUCUUUCUUGAAUGUUUUUGAUAAGAAUUGAUCUUUUGUAAAAUGUAAUCGGUGUUUAGUGUUGGUUUUAAAAGCAGACAAAUUGCAGUCUUUCUUGAAUAAGUGUUUGUAUUUAUAGGCCCAUAUUAACCAGGAAUACUUUAAAGCGUAAAUGUUACUCUAACAGUGAUUUUAAGGAUUUUCAAGACACAAUUUACUCAUUAGUAUUUUUUCACGAGCAACUGUAAAAAAAAAUAAUAAUAAAUAAAUAAAUAAAGAAAGAAAAAACCAAGUACGUUUAUAUUGAGCAAAAUUUGCUAGAUUUUAUACCUAUUUAUGAAGCAUAUAUCUCGGAAAGUUAAGCCAGUAGUGAUUCUGCAUGGAUAACUGUUAUAAAAAAAUAGUUUUUAUACGUAGGAUUGUGAAUUAAUUACAAGUUCAAAACAAAAUCAAUCAACGUUUUCUACCUAAAACUACUGACACAAAAAUUAAUCCUUCAGUGAAUUUUGGGAGCUGUCUUUCCUAUUUUUCCCUUAACUUUUUUUCAAAUAAUGCGGCGGUUGGACCAAAGUUUCACACAAUCAACACUUAACCGGACCUAACUAGAUUUAACAAAACUAAGAACAGGUUUCCUAUAAUAACCAGAUAUAAUUUCGCGGAGCUGCAAAACAAAAAGGUAAUUGCUUAAAGGCCGGCUCAUUCUUCAAUACUCGACAUCGCAAAAGAUAUCUCACAAAAUUUAAUGAGUUUGAAUAAUGUGUUCAACUUUUGCGAAUUAGCAGCGCGAAUACUUGUUGUAACAUCACACAUUUGCGUUCAUUUGCGUUCAAGUAUGAACCAGUCGUUUCAAUGUUACCUUUUUUAGCAGCUCCGCAGAGCAACCACAAAUUUCAGGGGUUUUGGUGGGUUUUUCCCUUUCUUUCUUUUCUCUUUUUAAUUUUUGUUAUGUGGUGGUAAAUGGCACCUAACACUUCUUUUCUUGUCACUUUAUUGGUUGUCACUUGGUGGAAAUGUAAUCGUUCAUUUAACAUCAUCGGAUUUCAGUUGAUUACGUUCCUUCAGUUUUCAUUUCCAUUUCCGUUUGUGAUCCAGUGUACAUUUGCACCAUUUCACACAUUAACACAGCCGACGAACACCAGUACCUUCACAAGGGGCGGAGCUAUAAAAAUUCAGAAGAGGGGCGGGACCCUUAUUCACCUAUCCCAAUCCACUUUCCCUUCCCUUCAAAGGAUAUACCAUUUAUGUCUCAAAUUUAAAUGAAAAUGGGUACGCCUCUAUCACUGCAUUGGAAAUGUGUAAAUUUUGAUGUCUGUAAUACUUGCAAUGCAGCAAUUGGGGAGAGUUUAUGUUGCUGUAGUUACCAGCCAAAACAUCUUGUUGAUCAUCGCUUCAACCAGUUUCUCGGUUUUGAAUUGCUUAAAUGUAAAGCAAAUGUUAAGCUGUGUGUACUGCUCUGCAUCCGCAACAGUGGCAACUUACACAGUGGCAUGUUUGGCUAACCUUCGUACAGUGCAAGUCAAAAAGAAAGUGAUCGGGAUUUAUUAUAUUUUCCCCAUAAAAAGCAAUUAAAAUUGACACACCAACGGAUCACAUUUUUAAACUUGUUCUUUCACUCAUCUGAAGAAAAAAAAAAGAAUUACUGAAAUUGGUCUUUGCUAUCAGAAUUUAUGCAUGUAUGUUACUAAAAGAACCCAUUUUUUACAGUCGCCAAUGGAACUUAAAAUGCUUUGCAGCUAUCUAGCUGAGUGACCACCAGAGAUCGCACACAGGCAUUUAAUUUGUACUGAUAAAUAGUCCAUGGUGGACAGUUGAAUUUUAUGGUAUUUCUACUAAAAGUGACAUGACUUGUGAAAAGAGUUUUCAAAAUAUGUGCUAUUUUCACAGCUAUUAUUAUUUUUACAAAUAUUUCUAAAUUGGUCACUUUCUUGUUAACUCGCACUGUAUGUUAUGGGCAAAUGCAUGAAAAUGAGGGGAAAUUUAAAGAAACAGAACCUCGACUGGUAAAUGUUAAGCGCUGAAAAUGAACAGCAGAUCAGCUUAGCAAGAAUCAAGAAACUGACUGAAGCAGUGAACAUCGUUUGACAUUUUGGCUGCUAACUUGUUUGUAAGAAAACAUCCCUGUGUUCAGUGUGUGAGGUAUAACUCUGGGUAAGAACCUGUUUUUGUUCCCUUAGUUGGCAGUUUUUUUGAGAAAAAUAGUCCAAUGAAAAUGCAUUCAGAUCAUUCAACAACAAACCCUGGGGAAGGGUAGGGGUGUAGGUAGACAAAACCAGCAUACCUAUGCCAAGGGUACCAAGAAAAAGCAAUCUUUUUAACCUGUUAGUCCCUGUACAACCCAAACUGCUUGAUGAGCACACAUGUUUUAUGGUUUCUUUAGGGAAUAAA